AUGUCUCUUGACCUGUCCCUCCCCGCCACCUGUCCCGCUCUCUGCCGUUACAGCGAAUACAGCUGGGACCUGGCUGCCUUUGCUCUUUACACCCUCAUCGAUCUUCCACCUGGCAAUCUCUCAGAUCUUGUAACCCUCCUUAAUAAAGAACAUUUUGAUUAUGGUAGCGAAACGCCGCUAGUUCGCACCCCAGAUACCUACAACUUCGCCGGCCAGACGCUCAAAGACGUCGUGCAAGCCCAUGUCGACUUGGACAAGGAAAUCACUCCCUGCUCCGGCGGAAUAGCCAAGGGAACCCUAGGCUGGUAUCCGUCGGCAUUCCUCGUGGUCACGACGCGGAACUGGGCCACCGAAGGCCUGCUCUGUGUGUUCCUGGACGAUACCACUGCUGAGGAGAAUGAGGACGGUCUUCUAGAUCCGGAGGUGCGGCCGAUGGACAAAUUCUUCAUGCCCCUUGACGAGGCGCCGCUGUUGCUGUCGAGUUUUAGUCUCAUGGACUUGGGUUUUGUUGACGCGAAGGAGCAGUAUGGUCUUGAGCAGAGGGCAAAUCGCAAGGAUGAGGGAGACGAACAUACCGAGGUUGGACCAGCGGAGCGCGAGGAAGGUGUCGGUAACGAUGAAGAUGUGGAUGAGAGGAAAGAAGAUGUCAAUAACGGUGAGGAGGGUGCUGAUAAUAGGGAAGGAGAAGAUGAUAAUGCUGGCCACUACCGCCUCAGCACUGGCGAAGUCGUCUUUUUCCCCGAUGGUGCAUCGGUGGGUGAUGAGGUUAUUGUACCUACUUUCACCCAUCCCGGGCUUGAUGUUCGUGUAGCCCACAUUGUCGAAGAGGUUUCGGAAUCGGAUGCGUAG